AUGCCGCGAGCCGAGAGGGCGGGCGUGGGAACGCGUCCGCCGGCUUCCCCUGGCAGCGGCGAGCGGCAGCCGAGACACGCGGUUCGCUUGAAAGUCUUCGAUCUCUCCAAAGGCAUGGCGAAGAUCUACGGAGGACUCUUCAUCUCCGACGAAAAGAAGGGCGUCUGGCACACAAACGUCGAGGUCUUCGGCCUCGAGUAUUUCUACAUGUCAACGAUCUGCAUUUGCCGGAGCGGCAUGGGGUGGCCUGGCGAGCAACAGCUAACCGACCGCAUCGACCUCGGGACGACGGAGCGGACGCCUCUUGAGGUGGAGGCUUUUCUUCGCACGCAGCAGCAGAUCUUCACGCCGGACAAAUACGAUAUGUUCAAGCACAACUGCAACCAUUUCUCCAAUCUCCUGUUGCGGUUCCUCAACAGCCGCAUGCGUGUGCCUUCCUACAUUCUCUCACUUCCCGACAGAGUGCUGCAAACGACACUCGGGAAGCUUCUGCAUCCUUUCCUCAUGGCGGCCAUGGACUGCAUGAAGGCAGACCUCCGGCGGAAUGCCGACAAAGCGGAGCUGUCGGGAGAGAUUUUUUUCUACGGAGGCGUGGAGCCUCUGCUUGACCCAAACGACGGCCCGACGCGUCGUUUUCUGAAGCAAGUUGCGCGCGAAGUUCAGCGCGAGCGCAGAACGACCCGUGAAAAGAAGGCGAGUUCGCCUCCGCCGCGUCUCCUGGAGGGCGCGGUCAAGGGGCGACCUGCGGCGGUGGUGAGCGAGUCUUCAUCGUCGCUUCUCUCGCCGUCGUCGCCCCUUCGUUGUUUUUCCUCGCGUUCAUCUUCGUCGCGAACGCACUCGGAGUGGCCUCACGGCGCGGAUUUUGCGGGCCUAGUCAGGACCCUCCAGCGCGCCCCGGGGCUCGUCGCGGCUGUCUCCGAAGCGAGCCUGUUCCACAGCGAAGACCGGCGUCCGAGCGGCGGAGAGAGGUCCUUCGCCACUUCGUUUGCGCAGACGAGAAGAGAGCGCGAAGCGAGGUCGGCGGAUGAGAGCGUCUUGCAGCGCGAGGGACGGCAGUCUUCGAGUGCGUAUCGGUGGCACGAUGGGACUGACGAGCUUUGUGCAGCGAGCGGUCUCGCAGCGUUUCUUCCGUUGCCGGAGAGGCCAUCGCAGUCCGAAGAGAGCGGGGAGAGAGUCACUUGGGCCCGUAAGGCAGACGCGUUUGCUGCGGUCGCCCAGGACGGUGCCCCGGCGGGCUUCGCGAGAGGGCCGGUCAGCGCCCAGCACUUCAGUUCUCGUGCCGGGCGGUGUGGAGGCGUCGUCACCGCGGCUGCGGAAGGGCAGCGAGAAGACCUAGAUCUCUUUAGAGACGUUGCAGACGAAGAGGAGGUAGGCAGGGGUAGCCACGGAGCCCUUUCCGGUCUUUCACCCUCAAGGUGUGCAGAUUCUGUGGCGCAGGCGGGAAGAGCAACUGCGCACAUGAGGCAAGCACCUCCUUCCCCCGUGAACGCCCCGCCGGUUCGACUUCCUCGCGCCCACGACCCGGUGUCCGCCUUCGCCCCGGCGCCGGAGGGAGACAGCCCGCCGGACGCGGCCAGCGAGGAGACAUCUGAGAUGUGGUGGGGCUGCGAAGAAGAAAGGGAGGGAGGUGCGCGCUCAACUGGCAGGCAAGUCCUCUCCGCAGGAGAAGCUGCGGAGAGACAAAGAGGCGCAGAGGCGGACAGCGACGCCCAGAGUGAGAUCCACCGUCCUCCGCGAAGUCGCAGUCUCGCAGACGACUGUCUCAUCGUCACCGAGGAGGGCCGACCGCGCUGGGGCCGAGCAGAGGACUGGCGAGAAGGGCGAGAAGAGUCCCUCAGAAGGUGGUCAGAGGACGUUGACGAAGAUGUCUCCCACCUUGCCUCAGGCAGCGAAGGGGACAGGCGUUUCCUCGGCGCGGGGUCCGACGUGGAGAGUGAACGGGCGCUGACAGGUAGCUCGCGAGACCAGCAACCGACGAAAUACCUCGCCCACAAGGGCGCUGGUUCCCGCAGCAGUCGGAAUGCCUCCAACCAAGGUGCGGAUACUCUUGGCUGGAGGCUGAGCCCUCCGCCGUCGUCGCGGUCAACUCACGCGCCCUCUCCGUUUGUCUCGUCUUCGUCAUCUUCCUCCUCCGUUGUCCCGUAUUCAGGCACAUCUGCGCCUGGUCCGUGGAGGCUCCACGCGCGAGCGCAGUCGGGAGAGAUUUUGGUGGUUACCUCCCCUGAAGCGGCGGCGCAGAGAGACGCGUGGGGCCCUGAGGACGCGCGGGACGUUGCAGAGGCGGAAGAGCGACCCGCAGUUGCCGAGGAAGACGAGGGCUGGGGGCUCGCUCCACAGGCGGCAGAUCCAAGUAACAGGUUUUACUUCGAUGCAUGCGGCGGCGGGAGUGGGUUCGCCGGGGGCGCACCCCUUGACGAGGCUGAAUCUGCGUCUCUGCUUCUCACGUCGUCGGCGUCCGAUAGAGAAGACGAAGAGGAGAACGAGGAGCAAGACGAGUGUUUGCAGUCUCUGAGGGAGCGCGCUGGGAGUAGGUUCUACGCUGAGACUGUUGACGGCGAGCGGGAACGGGGUCAAAGUUUCCGCCGCGGCAGCCGCGGAGGAUCUCGCAGCAUGAGCUCUUGGGCGAGCCGCAACAAACAGCUGUCAUGUCCGUUAGGAGACGCAGGCGGUGAGGGAGAGACGGGGCCACCUGAGAGCAAGAGGGAGGAGCCGGUCGAUGUUUUCGCGUUUCACGAGGAUGAAGCGCCGCGGAAUGACCGGGCGGAUCAGGCACGGCGAGAUGUCCUUGAUCGGCGGAAAGAAGAGCAGAAUCUUGAAGCGGAGUUCGAGCGUCUUCACUCGUCUUUUUUCACCCUUCCGUCGGGUCCGGAGUCGUCGCGUAGCGAGUCAGCGGCUGAGGAUGUGUUCGCUGGCGGGCCUUCCCAUUCGGACGCCUUCUGCUCUCCUUCACCACAACGCCCUUCCGGGUUUCACAGCCCGCCGUCUGAUCAUUACGGGACGGCUCUCUCGUCUCCCACGCGAAGCUUCAGUUUUUCUCGUAGGAAGGCACUACGUCAGUCCUCGUCUAGAUCGGAGUCUUGGUACAGCGCAAUGACUGUGACGCCGAUGCGGCUCCAGUCUAGCGAACGGACUCGGCUUCGAACAGCGGCGCUAUAUCUUGGUGUUCGACAGAUAUACGAGUAUAUUUGUAUUCUGUACUUAGUCGCUGUUUCGGCGCGUUUAAUUGUUGCAGACAACGUAAACCCAUGA